AUGGAGAAGGCUAAGCAAGCGGUGACGAGUAUACCAACAGCAGCGGAGAAGGUUGUAGCUGAGAUUCAGCGGGCCCAGCAAGAGGCGAGUAAAGCAUUUGCUGUAGUAAAGAAGUACCUCACGGAAGUGGGAGAGGGAAAUAAAGCAGUGAAGGAUGUUCUUAAUGCAACGAACGCCGUACAGAGUGCGGCAACAAAAGUGGUAGAGGCGGCCAAGAAAGAUAUAACGAAGACACCAAUACCUGAAAGUGAAUGCACAGAACUUAAACAAUUGACGCUUGAUGGGUUUGAGAUCGUUUCACGGGCAGUGCAAAAAAUGGAAGGGGCAAAAGUGCGCACUACUGAGGCAGUCAAGGAUACCGACGACCUUGAGGCCCUCCUGCAGAUAGCAAUAUCAAGUGCAGAUAAUGCAGUAGAGCUGGCGAAAACAGAGAAAUCAACCGCUGAAGCGGCGUUGCAGCAAGCCAACAAGCAGCUGGAAGCCGCUAAGAAGAAACAAAAAGAGAUUCUGGAGAGCAAAGUGAGUGAGAGGGACGAACAGAAAGGACUCAACCGUCCCCAUCAACCCGACACCACUGAUGGCACUUCGAAUUCUCCUGCCGGUGCGUCGUUGCCUAAGACCGAUGACACUGCGGAUGGCGAGAAGCUUCUUGCUCAGCACACAGAUGGCAGCGGCGUCCCUGCGCGGGUGCGUGCGCCGCUGUUGCUGCUGCUGAUGGCCUGUGUGGCUGUGAGGUAA